AUGAAAGUCAGAAAUGCACAAAAUAAAAUAGUUGAACUUGAAGAUGCUAAUGGAAAUAUUGUUGGAGAUCAAGAAAACAUUUCAGAGUUAUUGGUGAAUCAUUUUAAGAAGAAAUUUGAAUAUCAUGCAGUUACAAUGGAUGAAGGGAUUUUUGAUAUUAUUCCCAAGGUAAUAACUGAUGAGGAGAAUGCUCAGAUUGAUCAAUUACCUUCAUCACAAGAGAUCAAAGAAGCAAUUUUCUCAAUGGAUCCAAACAGUUCUCCUGGACCUGAUGUUCCUGGAGCCAAAAGAACAGAGCAGUUUAGACCAAUUGGAUUGUCUAACUUCUGCUUUAAAAUCAUCACAAGGAUAAUCACAACAAGAUUACAUGAAGUACUUCACAAGGUAAUAUCUAGUCAACAAGGUGCCUUUAUAAAAGGAAGAAACAUUCAAGAGAAGAUAAUACUUGCUUCUGAGCUAGUAAAUGAGCUAGAUACUAAGAGAAGAGGAGGUAAUGUGGGCUUGAAGUUGGACAUCACACAAGAUUUUGAUUCAAUGAGCUGGGAUUUCAUCUUUAAAACUCUUAAACAUUUGGUUUCUCUGAAGGAGAGGUCUCAGACAGGGAGACCCCCUUUCUCCAUUUUAUUUGUGAAAGCUGAGGAAAUAUUGAGUAGAAAUAUUACCAGAAUGGUUCAUGAAGGACUACUAAAAACAAUGGUCAAUAGAGGUGGAUGUCAGCCUUCUCAUCUAAUGUUUGCAGAUGACAUAUUCAUAUUCUGCAAUGGGCACAAAAGAACAUUGGAUAAUUUAAUGAGUUCGCUAACAAGAUAUCAAGCAGCAUCUAGACAGACAGUUAAUAGAGCAAAGAGUAAAUGCUUUAUUUGUGGAGUCACUGAAGAUAGAAAUAAAGUAAUAGCUGAGAGAUUGCAAAUGGAGAUUUCUGAAUUCCCAGACAAAUACUUGGGAGUAAUGCUGAGUCCUGGAAGAUUUAAAUCUAUACAUGUUUGGGGGAUGAUGGAAAUGCUACAAAAGAAACUAGCUGGUUGGAUUGGAAAACUUCUUGACUGUUCAGCUAGAUUAACUUUAAUGAAGUUUUUUCUAUGCAGUAUACCAAUCUAUAACAUGUCAGUGUACAAAUGGCCCAAAGCAGUGAUUAAAGAAUGUGAAAGGAUAAUUAGAAAUUUUUUAUGGACAGGUGAUCCAUCAGUGAAUAAGCUAGUAAUUGUCAAGUGGGAGGAAGUGAAUGCUCCUCUUACUGAAGGAGGGCUUGGCAUUAGGAGAUUGGAGGUGAUGAACAAGGCAUUAUUACUGAAAUUGCUUUGGAAAAUUGAGACUGAAGAUGAUGAGUGGACUAGGUUCAUGAGGGCAAAGUAUAAAAACAAGAAUGAUCCAUUUGUGCAACAACAUCAACACUUAAAAGUUAGUAAUUUGAUAGUAAAUGGUGAAUGGCAUGUACCUGAUGAAAUGAAGAAGUUUUUUGAGAUAAAUGAAUUGCCAACAAUUGGGAAUGGAAAAGACAAAAGAAUUUGGAUACUCAAAGGAGCACGUGCAACUAAAGAAAAUGUCAGGAAAAUAGGUUUUGACACUGUAUCCAAAUGCUACUUAUGUGGAAAUGGUCAAGAUAAUAUGGUUCAUAUACUGUGGGAGUGUUCUUUCAGUAAAGAAAUUUGGAAAUGGCUUGGAGGUAUGUUUAAUCUAAAUACUCCUUCAAAAUUUGAAGAAGUGAUUGCAUGUGUUAAAAAUCAUAGUUCUGCAAUUAGGCAGAUAUGGUACAUAAGCUCCUUUUCAGUAAUGGUGGAAUUGUGGAUGGCAAGAAACUUGAAAUUAUAUGAUAAUAUCAACCAAAAUGCUGAGAAGUUCAAGGACAAGAUUCUUAGUUUCACAAAAGAAUGUGGAAUAAGAAUAACUGGAGUCAUGGAGAAUAGUAUAUAUGAUCUUAACAUUAUAAUAAGAUUUGGUAUUAAGGGAAUAUAA